AUGGAUCGAGAUGAUGACCCUAAGGGUAUCUCUUUUGACUAUUUCUUGGAUCACAAACCAGUGAUAGACCAAAUGAUUCAACAUGUUGAUUUGGGUAAUGCUUGGAUUGUAUUUGGAUUAGUAUUGGUUUUGGAAAAGAGAAAGCUGGAUCAGUUACUUAAUAGUCCAAAUUUUAGUGAUAAAUUUGUGGAAAUUUUUGAACAGUGGCUGAAUACCACCUCAAUUGAUGGCAAAAGACAACUACUGGAAAAUUUGAGAGGCCAUGUACUCAAGCCUUUUGCUGAAUAUGAGAAGAAGCUAAUGGGUUAUGAAGCAAGUUCCAAUGGUCACUGUACAGAUGAAAAAAGUGAACUGAAAAGAAAUCUUGAGACAAAAAAUCAGGAAAUUGAUCAUUUAAAAGUGUCUGCUCAAGAGAAAGAUGAAGAAAUGAAAGGCGCCAAGGAAAGAAUACAAGAGCUGGAGAAGUCUUUAUCAUUAGUGUCAGCUGAUAUGAACAAGAUGAAAAAAAACCUUGAAACAAAAAUUCAGGAAACUGAUAAAUUAAAGGUGUCUGCUCAAGAGAAAGAUGAAGAAAUGAAGGGUGCCAAGGAAAGAAUAAAAGAACUGGAGGAGUCUUUAUCAUCAGCAUCAACUGAUAUAAACAAGCUGAAAAUAAGCCUUGAGACAAAAAUUCAGGAAAUUAAUGAUUUAAUGGUGUCUGCUCAAGAGAAAGAUGAAGAAGCUAAGGCAAAAAUAGAAGAACUGGAGGGAUCUUUAUCAUUAGCAUCAGAUGAAAAAAGUGAACUGAAAAGGAAUCUUGAGACAAAAAUUCAGGAAAUUGAUGAUUUGAAGGUUUCUAUCAAAGAAAAAGACAAUGAGUCAGAUUCUAAGAUUAGGGAGUUACAAAGUAUUAUCCAUGAAAAAGAAGAAGAAUUAUUGUCCAGUCAACAAUUGCUCAAAAGGAAAGAGAAAGAAGUCAAUACACUCAGUGAAGGAAUUACUGUUAAAGAGAUAGAGUCAGCUUCAUUCAGAAAACUGUCAGAAGAACAAGUACAAGAAAUAGUGGCAUUGAAAUUAAAACUAACUGACAAGCAGAAAGAUAUUGCUGAGAAAGAAUCAGUGAUAAAGUCAACAAAUGAAGAAUUAUUAUCUGUGAGACAACUGCUAGCUGACAAUCAACAAGAUAUUGCUGAGAAAGAAUCAGUAAUAAAGUCAAUAAAUGAAGAAUUAUCAUCUGUGAGACUACUACUAUCUCACACACAAGAAGAACUUAAGUUGCAAAGAAAUGAGUUAGAAGAGAAAUUAAAGACGCAACAUAGAAUUAGUAAAAUGAAGGAUAGAGAAAUUGAAGGUUUGAAGGCUAUGCUAUACCCAAGAAAUGAGCAAGAUAUGAUCACCAGCAUAAAGUGGAGUGAAUCUGAAGUGCGUCUUACUUCUCCAUCAGCAGAGCAGUGUACAGAUGUUCUAACAAGAAUAGACAACAAUCAUCGACAAAUUUAUCUCAGUGAUUCAUCUUCUGAUGUUGCUCAGUUGUUAAUAGUACCUCUGCUGCAGAAGAAAAGUGUUAGCAGUUUAUAUAUUUUCUCAACUCCAUUAAGACAUGACUUCAUUGACCUUUUCUCAUCUAAAAUGUUAGAUAACAACACAUUGGAGAGUCUGUAUCUCAAUCACAAUUCCAUUGAUGAUGAUGGGGUCAUUACUCUAGUGCAAUCACUAAAACAUAACAAGAAGCUUCAGUACUUAUCGCUGGAAUUUAAUACUGAGAUUACUUCACUCAGUGUUCCAUCACUUGCUGAAUUUAUACGCAUCGACUCCACAUUGUCUGUUCUUUAUGUUGCUAGCACUAGCAUUGAUGCUAAGGGAGUGCUGGAACUGGUUGAUUCACUUAAAUUCAACAAAAGACUUGGAAAGAUUGUGGUAGAUCACAAACACAAAGCAAUAUGCUCUCAAUUUGUUGGUAAAACUAACAGACUAGACUUUUCCUAUUCAUCUACCACUGCUUAUGAAAAUACUGGCAUUACCAAGUUUUAAAACCAAUAGAUCUAUUUUGUUUACAUGUGGUUGAUGUGUUAUUGUCUAUUUUUAGUGUCAAAUUAAUUUAAUUUAA